AUGAGUUACGAGUACCCGGAUGAUGGUCAUAUCUACGUCUGUGUACGUGUACGGGAUGUCGCUACAGUGCCUGGAAUGUCCAUCAAUCAAAGUGCCACCCGCCGCUCCACUCGUGAGAACAUUAAAGAAGCCCAAAAGAUUUGUGUUUCCACAAUGGAGAAUGUUGUUCUUCUGCAUGAUCCCAAGUCAUUAGAUGAUACCUCAUGUGUUGCCCGGGAUGCGGAUAACGUUGUACAACUCCUCACUGCCCGUGCCUCUGGUGGAAAGAGUAAACAUCUCACCCGAAAGUUAUUAACAUCCACAGCCACAGCGAACUACUUUGAGUAUGAUAGAUGUUUAAACUCUAUGGAUGCGGAAUCUAUGCUGCAGAUGCCUCUUAUUCGCAACAGUGACUUUAUUCGACCACCCGAGUAUGGUACACAAGAAGAUGUGUAUUUGUGUACAGCCGUACAUGCCGUUUCUGCCGCGGUGGAAGGUAUUAACUCUUGUGUUUUUGCAUAUGGACAAACCGGAAGUGGAAAGACGUUUACACUCUUUGGAGAUACCACUUGUAUUCGCCGUGAUCCUGGUGUGGUUCCACGUACAGUGGAUGAUCUUUUUAAACGUUUGGAGAAUAUCAAACAGGAGUAUGAGAGUAAUAUGGAAACAGAGUAUUCCUACCGUGUACAACUUGCCUUCUUUGAGAUUUACCAAAAUGAGGUAUAUUGUCUCUUCUCACGUAAAGGUCCAUUACGUGUUAACUUUGCCCGUGAUUUUGGUGGAAAAGAUGAAACGAUGAUUAUUCAAGAUCUUCAACAACACGUGGUGGGAUCUGCAGAGAAAUCAUAUCCUCUUAUUGAAUUGGGACUACGAAGACGACAAACCGGCGAGACGGGAAUGAAUGCACGCAGUAGUCGCAGUCACGCGGUAUUGCAGAUUCGAGUUACACAAUGGAGAACCAAUCGACUCACAAAAGAGUCUGUGGAAUUAAAUGCCACCAUUAAUCUCGUUGAUCUCGCCGGUAGUGAACGGCAGAAAACUGCAAAAACCGAUGGAAAGAGUCGUGAUGAAGGGAUUCAAAUUAAUCAGUCACUUGCUACUCUCGCACGUGUAAUUAAUGAAAUCUCACGUGGAGCCAAGUAUGUCAAUUACCGAGAUUCACUAUUAACGAUGGUAUUGAAGGAUAACUUGGGUGGAAAUAGCAAAACUUUUAUGAUUGCGACGAUUGCUCCAGUAUCGUUUUGCUACCAGGAAUCAUGUGCAACAUUGCAGUAUGCGAAAGAUGUUCGAAAGAUUCGUAAUCGUCCAACUGUGAAUAAGACAUUUCAAACACGAUCUAAUUUAUUAGAGUUAAAUGCUAUUCUUAAACAGGAGAAUGAACAACUCCGGCAUCACAUUGAUGCACUUCUUAGAGGUUCUAAUCAAGAAAUGGAUUAUAAUGAAGAAAUGGGAACUGUAGAUGCAACAGGCGAGGUUCCAUUUCAUCAUGGGAAAUUCAUUACUUCUAAAUCAGGUGAUAUUCAUCGUACUGCAAACACAAUGACAGAGACGUUGAUGACUUCUACAACUGCAGCUGCCGUACCAAUUGUCAUUACAGCCCAUCGUAAGUACACCAGUAUAGAUGGAAUUGGUGGUUCAUGUGUAGAAGGUGGAAAGAUUGGAGUCACAUCACUCGAAAAGAAUGUGACUCGUUUUAAUUUGUCUGAUCUUUUAAGCAAAGCACAGAAGAAGAAGAACAUUCAACAACAACAACAACAACAACAAAAAUGUCAGAAUGAUGAUGGACAUGCACUUGAGGAACAAGAAGAAGAAGAAAGAGAGAGAGAACAAGAGGAUGAAGGAGGAGAGCAGCAACAGCAGGAACAUCAACCAGAGCAACAAAAUGAAAAGCAUCAGAUCAAGACAAAUUACGGUACCAUUGAGUUUGAACGCGUUUCUCGACGAUCAUGUGAACAACGUUACUGGCUAAGAUACAUUUCUCCUGAAGGUACUACUUCUAAUAAUAAUAAUGGAUCUGAUUCUCUGGGUUGCAAUGUAGACUGUCAACUCAAUGGAUGCAGUUUAACAAGUGGUGAUCGCCGACAGUUGGUGCAUGGUGAUGUUCUCUGCGUUUAUCUAGACACUGCUGACGGUGGUGCGGAGAAUCAUCUCUUAUCUUUCCACUAUGUUGAUAUCAACUGUCUCUCUCGCCGGGAUAUUACCGCAGGUGAUGGAAAUGGAUCUCUUUCUCAACAGAACGCCACAGCCGCACGUGAGGAUAGUUUAGAACAAUUACAACGGGAACGGGCUAAACUACUGGAUAUGGUUCAAGCACAGUCAAGAACGAUUGAAUAUCAAUGUCAACGAGAUGCCGCAUCUCGCUCCCGCAUGGUUUCUGUAAACAAUCACCUCAUAGGAGAGAAGGAUGGAUCUUCUUCACCAAAUCCUGUUCGUCCAUAUGAUGUUAUCGAUACACAUGUACCUGUCUCUACACCUAUGCAGGCAAGCGCGGCAGCACGUGCUUUUUACCGUACAUCGGUUUCUCCUUCUAUUCGUGAUCACAGUGUAGAUUCACAGCGUUACGAAGACUGCGUGCGUGAGAAUGAAUCUUUAUAUAAGAAUAUGAUGAAACGCAACGCUACAUUUGAGGAACUCGCCCGCCGUUUGGCAGAGUUAGAGAAGAGCACUUCUCCACAAGGUAAGGAUACGAACGCCACCACUACCACUACUUCUACUACUAUUGCUGCUUUGAAAUCUGCCUUACAUCCAUUAGAAGGUGAUGGUCGAUCUUCUAAAUCAUCAGAGAGCAGUGAUUAUGAAGAAGUGAGUGAGAGUAAUUCACCCGAUGGUAAAAUGUCUAAAACACGUGUCACACCUGAAGCUUCCAUGGGUAAAGAUAACAGUGAUGUUGGUGUUGAUGAGGAUAAUGAUGAUGGUGAGAAGAAUGCUAACCAUGCUAUCGCACAAACUGCCACAGAACCUGUUGAAAGCACAACAACUACUACUACUACUACUACUACUGCUGCUAUCACUACAGGGGAACAAGAACUAACUGCAGAUGAGAUUUUACUAAAACAUCGUAAAGACCCUGAAAUGGAAGAUAUUGGAAGAAUGCAUGUUUACCUCUCUACUUCAGAUGGUGUACGUGAGCGGUACCACGCUGCAAAGCGGGAACGUGUACUUUGUGAACGUAUUUGGUCUCUUGAACAGGCAUUAGAGGAUUUACGUGCUGAACUCCAUUUACUGGAGAGUAAACUACGAGUUGCACAGGAUGCCAAUCUUGAGAAUGAACUCCGCCGUUCGCAGAUGGAGGAUGAAAUGACAGAAGUUUCAGAAGCUUUACUUGAUGCCACAGAGGAAAAUGCCGCACUCUUGCGAGACAUUAAUUCACUUGAGACAUUCCUUAGUCGUACAGAAGAGGCACUUGCAGAGGCGAGUGCCAUCAAUGAGGCUGAACUUGAACGUCGUCUUCGUAAUAUGUCAGAUGAAAUUCGUGCUUUAAAAACAAUUGCACGUAUGUGGAAACGACGUGCUAUGCAACGUAUUGCUCUUGAAUUUGCUUCUGAUAAUAAUAACAAUAACAACAACAAGGAUUCUGGGGAUAUGGUUCACAAGAGUGGUCAAGUUCCAUGGGAUGAUUUGCGUGUGGAGAGUAAUGCAGCACGUGCAAAGAAGAUACUUGGUGAGAGGGGAUGUACUACAGCUGCUGUUAAUGCGAUUGAUCGAUUUGAGAAGGAAACUGCUAUUGAAUCUGUGGUUGCACUUGAAACCGUUUUGGCAGAACUUGAGAAUGAAAAUCUUCGACUUAUUGAUGAUAUUAAAACAUAUGAAGAACAAUUACAGAGUUAUAAAGAUCUUCUUGAUCGUCUACGUCGUGAGAAGGAAGAACUAGAAAAGAACACAGUCACUGAUACAACUACCACAGUGGAAGAGAUGGAAAAGUUUAAGAAAUUGUAUGCAGAGAAAUGUGAAGAACUUGCAGCUGCAGAGCGUCAAUAUGAGGCGGCUGCCUCUAAACUACAAGCGGCAAAACAGAAGAAUACAGCUGUGAAAAAGAAAUCUGUUAAAAAUAAUGAUCUUUUACUACAGGAACAACGCCGAAUGAUUGAGGAACAACGUGAAGAGCAGGAGAAACUCAGUGCAGCACUUAUAUCUAAGGAUGAGGAAUUACGUACAGUUCUUCGUCUUCUUCAUGGUGAGGGUGGAAUGUGUGGAUUGGAGUUAAGUGGAUUUAAGGAUGAUGCGGAGUUACGUUCUCGUAUUGAGACUUUAUUACAAGAAUCCAUGGGAGAAUGCAGUGGAACAGGCGGCUAUUCCGUUUUUCCUCCAGACUUUAAAUUCUCUGAAGAGGCGAUUGCCCUCAUUCGUGUUUGUCUGCGUGUAAUGCUGGAUCGUCUCAAGAUGGAACUCUAUGUGAUCAACCGCCAGUCUCUUCACAAAUUUGGUCUUCUCGUCCCUGCCGUGCAGUUACGGCCGGAGGCGCAAUUUCAUUCUUUCAUGCAUGAACUCCGCGGAGUUGUGGCGGAAAUCGCCGGCCGCCCGCAGCGACUUGGCGGUCGUUGGGCGAUUGAAGAGGGAGACGUCCUCGCGCGUCUCGUCGAUCACCGCCGCCGCCGUGCGGGGAAUGCCUUAUAUGGAUUGCUGCUCUGGUAUGAUCACUGGGAUCUCGCCCCAAAGACAGAGCACGUCUGUUAUAUGGAACUCAUUCGUAAUUCGGAGCGGGUCAUGCAACUGGCAAGACUUGUGCGACAGGAGAGUUUGGUGAAUACAAAUGCCACCUCCACACUGCGGUUGAUGAUUCCCAUGAAAAAAGAUGCCUUUGCAGAGGAAGGAGGAUCAGGUGGAAUAGGAAAAACAGGCGCAGAUACAAGUGUAUUGGAUAGUAGACGUAUAUUAGAGAAACUGGAGGUUGGGGCAAAACGCAGUAAUUUGGCCCGUACAGUGGGAGGCAGUAAACCCAAUACGAGAAUCUCAGGCUUUCACCGCAGCUACACCACCGCAAGUGCACACUCUACACCACGUAGGAGUGGCGUCGCUAAUGUAAACUUUUCUCGCACCGCCACCUUUACAGGAAAGACACCUAAGAGGGAUCGACCAACACAACAUCAAGAGCUUCAGCGGGUUGUGGGAGAACAAGAAACACCGGCUGCAGAAAGUAAGUUUGGACGUCGUGCAACUGCCCUUGUGGUGCCGGUAUCUGAUAAUGAUGUUACUUUUGCUGCUACUUCCACAUUAGCUCAACAUGAUCCCAAUUUUAAUUUCGCACGACAUAUGAGUGCUGUGAAUAUUCCAGAAGCAUCAGGAACGCACAGUAAACCAGCGGCUAAAGUAACACGAUUCGCACGUGCCAAAACAGAUGUACCGCCGAGCUUUGCCGCUUUGGCAGAAUUACAUCAUGGAAAGAGCAGUCAAACCCCAACACCACGUCGAACAACAAUGGAUUUAAGUAAUGAAAGAUCUACUCGACGAACCAUCACACGUCUUUCCACUACCUUAAAGAGUGGAGUCUCUAAAGGUGGGGCCACGCCCAGUUCCCAAAAAAACAAAUAA